AUGCCUCCGAGCGCCGGCGAGGUGGCGCGGCCGCAGAGCCCGCUCCGCGCCAUGAUGCCGCAGAGCCCGCUCCGGAUCAAGCAGGGCGGCAAGUUCUACGAGCGGCUGCUCACCAAGGAGAGCUCGGGGGCCAACCCGUCGUUCCGGUACUACGGGUCGGAGCCGGGCUCGGUGCCGUUCGUCUGGGAGUCGGAGCCCGGCACGCCCAGGGACGCCUCGCGCAUGGUCGGCGGCGCGCUCCCGGCCAUCACCCCGCCCCCGUCCUACCUGCUCCGCCAGCACGGCGGCAUCAACGUGUCCCGCCGCGGCACGGCCAAGGGCAGGAAGAAGCGGUACAGGCUCAAGCGGGCGAUCAAGGUCGGCUUCAUCGCCGACAUGUUCCGCAGGCUCGCCGUCGGCAAGGCCUGCUGGUCGCGGCCGGGGCCGUCGCCGGCCCAGGUGUCGUCGUCCAGCCGGUGGCUCGUGGCGUCGGAGAAGCCGCCCGAGCAGCAUCAGCACGGACGCCACGACGAUCAGGUUCCCGCGGCGAAGAGCAGCGCCGUGGUGUGCUCCGGGGCGCGCCAGAUGAGCCCGUGCUGGAUGCUGCCGUUUCGCGGCACGGGCAACCGGAACCGCGACCGCGACUAG